GAUCACUGGCCCAUGAUUAUAACUCCGCCCAUUUAAUUAAAUUUAAGGUUGUUUGUACUUAAAACCAUUUCGCGAACUAACAGCAUUGCAGCUGUUAAUAAAAAGAAAGGAAAAAACCUUAAAGAGACUAGCGAUAGCGAACAUUUCCCUUGGUCGAAACAUUGGAUGCAUAGCUGUUGACUUCUGAAGAUACCAUUGUUUAUUAACAUGAAAGUCGUUAUAUUCUUUGUCUGGAUUAUUUGCCUGGCUGAAGCAAAAAUCGAGCAAAAAGAAUGCUCACAUGAAGGGGAAAGAGAACCGAGUCGAAAGUACUCGAGAAAUGCUGGUGAUGAUGUGAAAGGCCCGGACAUUUCCAAGAUAGCGAGAACGAGCACGCAGAUAACCGUGUUCUGGAAUCGUAUAUUGAGUCCCAAGAUAGAAAAGUACAAAGUUUGUUAUGGAACAACAAUCACAGAGGCCAACGAUUGUUCGUCGGAAAAGGUAGUCGAUGGCAAUAGUGAUAAUGCGAUUCUUGAUAACCUGGUUUCGUCCACAGACUACACUAUGGCUGUAAGAGCAUCUACCACCACCGAUAAUAGUGCCAAUUAUGUGUACGGAGAUCCAGGCAAACCGUUGACAGCAAAAACAUCUUGUGAAACUGACGGGAACUGCAACAGCGUUACAUUGAGAUGUGGACAUUGUAGUUGCGUGUGUAAAGUUGACAGUGAGCAAUGCAAAGUCGGUCCUGAAAUUUACAGAACAGAACGAACGAGCAGCACUUUGAAGGUCUUCUGGAAUCAUCUGGAUGACAGCAUUUCAGGAUACAUUGUUGGUUACCUUGAAUUGAAAUCGUCUGGACCGAACGAUUGUUCUUCAGACGAAGUAACAGAAGUUGCCGGGGAAAUGAACAAUGCUGUCCUAGUUGGUUUGAAAUCAUACACAGAAUAUUCAGUUGCUGUUAAACCACUGGACGACGAGGGUGUUCCAGGAGAAUGGGGAGAAGCUGUCACAGUUAGAACAUCUUGUAAAUCAAACACUGAAUGCACACAUCUGAGUCAUGCGAUAUGUUUGAACGGCAAAUGUGAAUGUGAUGAUGGGUAUUUAAUGGAUGAUGAUCAAUGCAGAAAAAUAACUUGUGAUGAUCAGCCUUGUGGUAACAUCGGAAUAUGUGAGACAGACUUGCAAACAGGAAAAUUUGAUUGUAAAUGUCCGGAUGAUUCAUUUGGGAACGGAUAUCAUUGCUAUAGCACGCCAUGUUAUAGCUCGCCUUGUCAAAAUGGGGGAAGUUGUAAAGCGAAAGAAAACGCAGCAUCUGGGGAGCCUGAUUACCAAUGUGUUUGCCCAAUAGGAUUCUCUGGAGAUAAUUGUGAAGUCAUGGAAAUAGAAUAUCCCUGUGGAAGACGAAUUUGGAAUAUUCCUUAUUGUAAAGACGAUGGACCGAUUACAGAGACAUGCAAUGACACACCCUGUCAGAACAACGGUAUAUGUUUGCCAAUACAUACUGGUCGGUACAACUACGCGUGUGAAUGCCAACCAGGAUUUGCUGGGCGAACAUGCGAAGCAGAAAUAAAUGAGCAAUGCAGUGGAAAAGGAAUUUGCAGAUUGAAACUCAACGACGCGCAACAAUGUCUGAAUGUAGGAUGCAAUUGCUUCAUGGGAUAUAGCGGUGAUCAAUGUUCAGUAAAAAAUACAGAAUGCAAUAAUGACGGUGAUUGUAGAAAUGGUGGAACAUGCAGCGCUGAAAAAAAGUGUGAUUGCGCUCUUGGUUUUAAAGGCGUUUUUUGUGACGAACGAGAACACAAUUCCUAUAUUAACUUUCCUCGGAUUCAUUUCGCUGGAAGAUUCCAAAGUGAACCGUCAACCCCAAAUAAUUACGCGGAUAAUUUUGAUACCCAAGACUUUCCUGGAAAAGACCAAGGAUGGAAUCCAUUUGGGGGAGCAACAUGGCGGCUGCUGGACACAAGAAUUACAAGAGUUUGUUAUGCAAACGAAGUUUGCACUUCUGGGGAAUUCCAUGACCCUCUUAUAAACAAAAAUCUUGAGGAUGGCAAUCUUGGCGCCAGUGCGAAGCUGGUUGACCUUGAUGUUGAAUUCCAAUCAGCGUCUGAAAUUUAUGGUUGGUCAAUGCAAGUCAACAACUUUUUUAAAGCAGAUUUUAAGCGUGUUGGGUUUCGAUAUAUGUGGUCAAAAAUGAAAGGGGGUGAACCCAGUAUGGCAAAAUAUGGAGCUAUAUAUCAAAGUGUUCUUACAAAUGUUCAAUUUGGAACAAGAAGCGAGGAAUCUCCGAUAACGAAAUACUUAAAAGAAUACUUAAAUCGCAGUAACAAAAAAGAAUUAUCAAUCCGUUUCAACGUUGACAUGUACGAUUCGUUUGCUACCUCAGGUAACUACACCUACGCAAGAAUGGUUGGUUCCAUUGGAAUUUCUGGUUAUAAUUCGCCGCCGUUUGUCAAUUUUGGCCGUAUGCUUAGACCAAAUGGAAACAAUCCAAACUUUUGGGUCUCUCCUUUUGUUUAUGAUCACCAGAAGGGAUCUCUUCUUCUUGAUCUUGGUAAUAGUUUAGCGAUCACAGAAGACGGAAAUCUUGUGAAGUCAAUUGGAAACUUGGCUCUAGCGUAUACUGGUAGCACAGAGGACACAAUAAAAUGCCCGGAAACAUGGAAACCAUUUGGCCACAUACACUUUAGUGACUUGGAAAAGUACGAGCUGACUGCUGGAAUACUUAAGCUGGAUGUUUUGGGAGCUGACUUGAGUGCAUCCAGAGUGAUUUUGGCAAAGGUAGAUGAUAAAGGAGAUUGUUCUGAGGUUGUCUUAGCAGAAGACAAAGAAGGUGUCUUCAUCCACCCUCUAACAAAUUGGGUCAUCCGCGCUGUGCCCGAGGAAACUGUGACUGCUUACUUGCUUAUGACUGUUUAUGGAAAUUACCCUUCUCAAGAUGAUUCCUUUGAGAUUAUGGUCUCCCCGUCUGGGACAAUCACCAAGAAAGAACAUGGAGUUUUUGAAUUCACUAAGACCACUGAAGACCCAAACCACGAAAGACUCUUCAUCGAUGGAAAGGUUUGUUUCUUCAAAUAUUAUUUAUCUGGACGAAACCCACCUGCAGAUGGUGAUGUUAAUUCAGCAAUCACCAUUCUUGUCUGGGACAAAUUUGAGGUUCCAACUCAGCCUAACUGGAUCAGACAUGUACAACCGAUUUUCAAACAAUACGCAAAUUUGUAUCCGGUAAUGAAAAUCAACUUUCUGGAUCUUUCAAAUUAUUUUGAUGUCGUUGAAAACAAGUACGCAAUCAUAAAGACCAUGUCUGUUGACGUCGAAGAUCCACGUUAUAUGCCCGUCACAAGAGACAUGUCUCCAGGUAAAGUUCAGAUGAUUUUAAAAUGGCUAAAGGAUGAUCCACCCAGAUAUGGAUAUUCAAAUCUCGGAGUAGACAUGUACACCUUGAAAAGCCUUUUACAGACAGCACUUCAGUUGGAACACGCAACCAUUCCUCCGUACUUUACAGGUUAUCUUUCAAUAAUGAAGGGUUAUAAUACUGAGGUGAAAAGCAUGUUAAAGGACAUUUUGAUCGAUGAAAUGCAUCACAUGGCGCAAGUAUCAAACAUUUUGAAUGCGAUUGACGGAAAUCCCAACCUGUUUGCUCCACAUUUUGUCGCGUCAUACCCCAGCUAUCUGCCCGGUGGAGUCCAUCCUGAUGUCAAAAUCACUGUCAACAAAAUCUCCAAGCUUCAAAUUCGUAAUGUGUUCAUGGUUCUAGAAACCCCGGCUAAGGAACUCGAAGAAAAUGGAUUGAUUAAAGCGGUUGAUCAAAUUAUUAAGGAUAAGUUAUUUGCAACAACCGCCGCCACAUCAACUAAACCUGCCGCAUGCGAAGAUGUCUUAACAUUGUAUAAUGAUGCCGUUAGGAAGAACGAAGACAUUAGAACAAACCAGAACACAAUUGGUGGAUUGUAUACCAUAAUCCUUAUCGUGAUGGCAAAGCUUGAGUGUGAUGGACUAUUAACUUUCAACGGUAAGAAGCCUCAGCUCGAGGUUCGAGGAGAAAGAGGAAAGGAAGUGAUAAAAAUCCACGAUUUUGGUACGGCCGUGCAAGCUAUUAAAAAUAUCAUCGAGGAAGGUGAGGGAUCCUCCCCUUGUAAUCCGCUGGACGAGAGCACCGAUUUAUCACAUUACUACAAAUUUGGAUCAAUCGCGAACAAACGUCAUAUCAAAACGAUCGAGAAGGAUAAGAAGGAUAAAUCUACACAUCCUGAUAACGAAUGCACAGGACCGUAUGCAGACACCUUUGCAUAUAUUGGAAGAGUUCUGCCUUUCAGUGAAGAUGGUGUUUGGCCGAUCGUUGAUAAUCCCAUGAUGUCGAUGUACAAGGAAGGAAGUCGAGCUAAGAACGUGGCAAAACUAUUCAGCAAAGCGUAUUGGAGGUUGUUGAAAGCAUUGCAAAAUGUUUUCGAUGGAAAAACGUUUCUGUUUGGCGAUACAGUAGCAAUCAUGAAAGAUUUGCUGAUGCAUGGUAACAGGUUGGUUCAAACACCAAUUGGAGAGAAUGGAGAUCCUGAAGUUGGUCCGAAUGCAGGUCCUGUCUAUCCAACCGAAGAACCAGAUCCGUAAAUCCUUCUGAUUGAACAGUUUGAUUUCUUUGUUGUGUGCAUAAACAGGAAAGUGAAACUAUCUUAUCACAGAUGGUGAUUAAAUGAUGAAUACCAAAGGACAGUUAUUAAAGCAAUUAUUGUUCGUUUGGUAGGAUGCCAUUUCUAAUCUGACAUUAAUUAAUACUAUUUUUUCGUGUAUUACUAUAAUAAGUGUUCGUAAUUUCUUUAACGUAUUUGCAAAAAGGUAUUGUUUGAUUAUAUUAUUACGCGCUAGGGGGCAUAAGGUCAGUGACGUCUAUUCAAAAUAGUUGAGUGUAGCGAUGUAAACAGUAUAACACGAAUUUUAAUCUACAUGUAGCCACAGCAUGAUCAUUAACUUUAGUCUGACACUAACCCCCAUUAAUUCAUGCGUGAAAUUUGUUAAAGAUUUUGUAUAUUAGACUUUCAAUAAAAUUUUGUUGAUCAGUAUAUUUUGGUUUACAAAAUUUUGUAUGCAUUUUCA